CAAGCGCAAAUAUUCAUUAACGCAAUUUGGACAAAACAACAACUGAGAACACAACCGGAAAAAACUUCAUCGUAUUACAGGCAUAUACCAUAGUCCAUACAUAGAUAGAAAGAAUUACCCACACAUCCACGAAAAACGGUGCGUUACACUGUCGGUGUCAGAAGCUCUGAAACACACACAAAGUGCAAAUAAACGAUAAAUGGAAACUUUGCAAUAGCCAAAGUGCGGAUCGUGAUGUUUGAUUCGUAAAGCGACACCCCAUCACAGCCCCACUUGCUUUUAUGCUCCGGCGGUGCAUCACCCUUAAUAGAUCGUCAGCGUCACCCAAUCAUUACGACGUUCCAGUGUUUGAAACUUGUUUCUCCCGGAAAGAUCUCAUCUUGGGGAAGAUUUUCUAUGUUCUGCAUUGUUAGUUUGGUUAAUCCCUAUGAAUUGGUCUGUGUCUGAAUUCUGGGACGUGCUUUGGAAUGGCUCUGUAUAGAACCAGUGGUGAAUUGUUGACCGAGAGAAGGGGCAUUAUCGAUGCAGUUUUCAAUUCUUUUGAAAAAAGCGAUCAUGGCUCUAGAGGUUUACGUCGAGGUCGAAGAUUUGGUCGGAUUACCAAACACAAGCUUUCACGCUGGAUGUUCCUUUUAACUGCACUCAUUUCAAUACUUCUAACAGUUUAUGGUUUGAAAAUGUUUUUUCAAGCUAAAAUGGAAUCCAAGUUCGCAACAAUACCCCUUAUUCUGCAAGAAGAACGUAACCAACAAGGAAAUAUUAUGGUAUCGGAUGAGGCAAAGACACCUAAAGAAAAUAUUGUGGUAUCUGAUCUUGGAAUGGUGCCUAAAGGGAAGCGCCGAAAGCAUUUUCCUUGUGAAGUUGGAUUUCUGGAAUCAGUAGAAAGCCUUGUUGAACCCCAAAGUUAUGUCAACUCCACAUGGUUUUCUCUAGAGUAUGUUGACCACGAAGAAAGAACAUCCAAAAAUCAUUUAUUUGAACCUCGAUUUGGAGGACAACAGACUCUAGAGGAAAGAGAAAAUUCAUUUUAUGCAAAAAAUCAGACACUUCAUUGUGGUUUUGUCAAAGGGCCACCAGGACAUCCAAGCACUGGAUUUGAUAUAAAUGAAAAAGAUAAGGCAUACAUGUACAAAUGUAAGGUUGCAGUUUCUUCAUGCAUUUUUGGAAGCUCUGAUUUCCUCCGAAGGCCUACAAGUAGACUGAUCAGUCAAUAUUCAAAGGACAAUGUUUGUUUUGUUAUGUUCUUGGAUGAUCAAACACUAUCCAAACUUUCAUCAGAAGGAAACAGUCCCGAUGAGACAGGUCACAUUGGCUUGUGGAAAAUUGUUGUUGUAAAAAACUUACCAUAUGAAGACAUGAGGAGAACUGGCAAGGUGCCAAAAUUUUUAUCACAUCGCCUCUUCCCAAAUUCUAGGUAUUCAAUUUGGCUUGACAGCAAGAUGCGACUCAACUCUGACCCUAUGCUGAUUAUUGAAUAUUUUUUGUGGCGAAAGAAGGCAGAAUAUGCCAUCUCAAAUCACUAUGAUCGCCACAAUGUUUGGGAGGAGGUACUCCAAAAUAAGCGCUUAAAUAAAUACAACCAUACAGCAAUUGAUGAACAGUUUAACUUUUACCUGUCCGAUGGCCUCCCCAAGGUUGACCCUUCAAAGUCAAAUGAUCCUCUUCCGAGUUAUGUUCCCGAGGGUUCCUUCAUAAUCAGGGCACAUACACCUAUGUCAAAUUUAUUUUCAUGUCUUUGGUUCAAUGAAGUUGAUCGAUUUACAUCUCGUGAUCAACUAAGCUUCGCUUAUACUUAUUUAAAACUCAGGAGAAUGAAUCCAGAGAGACCAUUUCAGCUAUAUAUGUUCAAGGAUUGUGAACGCAGAGCAUUAGUGAAGCUAUUCCGGCACAGGUCACUUCCAUCUCUACUAGAGACUGCUUGAUCAGUUCCAGAUCUUAAAGGUGCCUUUUGUUGCCGCAUGAUCAUGUACUGUUCAUUUUGAUUGUUUUGAGUGCCAUCCUAAGAAUAUGAUUCUAUUAUUCUUCAUAUGGUAUCACUAACUGUCUUAUUUGAUGAAUUAGUUCACUCUACUAAAUAAGACUUGCAGAAUUAUCUAAUCAAUUUUGUAAUGAGAGAAUUCAAGGCAUAUGAACAUGUAUGAUUGUAUCUGUUAGCUGAACUUUGGAACUUGAAGCAUCGGCUGAAAGAGGGCAAACCAGUAUUGAACAAGUUCAAAUUUUUUUGAGGGAAAAAAAAUCAUCUGAUGCUUGAUACAAUACAUUUGAGAAAUGGUUGAAAAUUAUGACGCUUUUUUCUUUUUACACCCUCUCAUGACCAGAGUGAAACUCAGAAUCUUUCAAUCUGUAGUCUUUAUUUUGAACCUUCCUACUCUGUACGCUCUUGAUCUUCUUUCUUACGGAAGCUUCCUCACAAGACAUGUGUAAUAUGUGAAGGGAUGCACACUACUCUAAGGGCACAGGUCAUUAUAUUUGACAUCCCUUCCAGCUUGACUAGCCUGACAAGACAUGUGAUGUGUUUUAAGCUGGAGCAAAGAGAGAGGCAAACUCAUUACUUGCUGCACAGUGGAUUCUUAUUCUUCUUGGAGCCACGGCUGAAGAGUGAUUGCAGGUGCAUUUUGUGGCCAAGGAUUUUACUCCAUUAUGGGGUUCAGUGGAAGUUGUUUAUGUGGGAAAGGCAAGUUGAUCAAGGUUUUUGUUAGUUCAGCUUCCUCCUGUUUAGUGUCUAGUGUGGGGGAUGAGGGUGAUUUUGCUAACAUGUAAGAAUACUUUCUUUUUUCUAUUUGUGUAAACAUGCAACAGGUUCUCCUUCCUCUCCCAGUCAUAAAUAGAGGUUAUUGGGUAGUAGUUGCUUGUCAUAAAAACUGUAAAUUGCCUUUCAUUUAGUAACAUUUUUGGUGAAAGAGAAAUCUUCUUUCUGUAAUGUGUCUUCAAAUCAAAAUAAAUAAAAUAAAGUUUAAGUGUUUUUAUGCCA